CUCACCACCUAGAAUCAAAGGGUGUGUCUUUUUCGGCCAAAGCAUAGGCGAGUGUGAAACCUUAGAUAUUCUAUUUGGAGGCUUGAUUCUCACGUUCUGGACUGUGAGAUAGUGCUGUCACGAUCCUGGACAUAUGUGAAGCUACUGUGAAGCAAACGCCGAGGAAAGAGCCAUGGAGACUGCAUGGAUGUGCAAUCUGAGACAAAGGCAAGUCCUGGCUUUCUUUGUUUUGCUGCAUGUGUCAGGGGCAGGGGCAGAACUGGGCCCCUAUUCCAUAGAGGAAGAAACAGAGAGGGGCUCCUUUGUGGCAAAUCUUGGGAAAGAUCUGGGGGUGGACCUGGCAGAGAUAUCCAAUCGCAGGGCUCGGAUCAUUUCCCAAGAAAACAAAGAGCAUUUGCAGCUCAACCUUCAAUCUGGAGAUCUGCUCAUAAAUGAGAAACUGGACCGAGAGGAGCUAUGUGGCCCCAUUGAGCCGUGUGUUCUACACUUCCAAGUGUUAAUGGAAAACCCUUUAGAGGUAUUUCAGGCUGAACUGAGGGUGAUGGACAUAAAUGACUAUUCUCCGGUGUUCAGUGAAAGAGAAAUGAUACUGAGAAUACUAGAAAACAGUGCUCUGGGAGAUACAUUUCCUUUAAAUAAUGCUCUGGACUCAGACGUAGCAAUCAACAAUAUCCAGACCUAUAGGCUCAGCUCAAACUCUCAUUUCCUGGUUGUAACCCGCAACCGCAGUGAUGGCAGGAAGUACCCAGAGCUGGUGCUGGAGAAAGAACUGGAUCGAGAGGAGGAACCUGAGCUGAGGUUAACUCUGACAGCUUUGGAUGGUGGCGCUCCUCCCCGGUCUGGGACGGCACAGGUUCUCAUUGAAGUAGUGGACAUCAACGAUAAUGCACCCAAGUUUCAGCAGCCAACAUACCGAGUGCAAAUUCCCGAGAACAGUCCCACCGGUUCUCUGGUACUCACAGUCUCAGCCAAUGACUUGGACAGUGGAGAUUAUGGAAAAGUAUUGUAUGCACUUUCUCAGCCUUCAGAAGAUAUUAGCAAAACGUUAGAAGUAAACCCUGUAACCGGGGAGAUUCGGCUACGAAAAGAGGUGGAUUUUGAAACUAUUCCCUCUUAUGAAGUGGAUAUCAAGGCCACGGAUGGGGGAGGUCUCUCAGGAAAAUGCACGCUGUUACUGAAGGUGGUGGACGUGAAUGACAAUGCCCCAGAAGUGAUGCUAUCUGCUCUUACCAGCCCAGUCCCAGAAAACUCCCCGGACGAGGUAGUUGCUGUUUUCAGUGUUAAAGAUCCUGAUUCAGCGAACAAUGGAAAAAUGAUUGCCUCCAUCGAAGAAGAUCUUCCCUUUCUUCUAAAAUCUUCAGGGAAGAACUUUUACACUUUAGUGACCAAGAGAGCACUUGACAGGGAAGAAAGAGAGAAAUACAACAUCACCAUCACUGUCUCUGACCUGGGCACACCCAGGCUCACAACCCAGCACACCAUAACAGUGCAGGUCUCUGACACCAAUGACAACGCCCCCGCCUUCAACCAAACCUCAUACACCCUGUUCGUCCGCGAGAACAACAGCCCCGCCAUGCACAUAGGCACCAUCAGUGCCACAGACUCUGACGCUGGCUCCAAUUCCCACAUCAGCUACUCGCUGUUGCCUUCCCACGACCCGCAGCUGGCCCUGGACUCGCUCAUCUCCAUCAACGCAGACAAUGGGCAGCUGUUCGCGCUCAGGGCGCUGGACUAUGAGGCCCUGCAGGCCUUUGAGUUCCACGUGGGUGCAAUAGACCAAGGCUCACCUGCGCUCAGCAGCCAAGCGCUGGUGCGCGUGGUGGUGCUGGACGACAAUGACAAUGCGCCCUUCGUGCUCUACCCGAUGCAGAACUCCUCUGCGCCUUGCACAGAACUGCUGCCCAGGGCGGCGGAACCCGGAUACCUGGUCACCAAGGUGGUGGCUGUGGAUCGCGACUCUGGCCAGAAUGCCUGGCUGUCAUUCCAACUUCUCAAGGCUACGGAGCCCGGGCUGUUCAGCGUGUGGGCGCACAAUGGCGAGGUACGCACUACCAGACUGCUGAGCGAGCGCGAUGUGCCCAAGCACAGGCUGGUCCUGCUGGUCAAGGACAAUGGCGAUCCUCCGCGCUCUGCCAGCGUCACGCUGCACGUGCUAGUGGUGGAUGGCUUCUCUCAGCCCUACCUGCCUCUGCCAGAGGUGGCGCGCAAUCCCGCGCACGAUGAGGACGCUCUAACACUGUAUCUGGUCAUAGCCUUGGCAUCUGUGUCUUCUCUCUUCCUCUUGUCUGUGCUGCUGUUUGUGGGGGUGAGGCUGUGCAGGAGGGCCAGGUCGGCCUCUCUGAGUGGUUAUUCCGUGCCUGAGGGCCACAUUCCUGGCCAUCUGGUGGAUGUCAGAGGUGUGGGGACCCUGUCCCAGAGCUACCAGUAUGAUGUAUGUCUGAUGGGCGAUUCUUCUGGGACCAGUGAGUUUAACUUCUUAAAGCCAGUUUUCCCUAGCUCUCUAGACCAGUGCUCUGGUAAAGAAAUAGAGGAAAAUUCCUCACUCCACAAUAGUUUUGGAUUUCAUCAUUAACAGAAAGCUUCUUAACAGUAUUUACUUCCCAAUAUUGUUGUUGAUUAGCUAAUGUCUGUUCACCUGUGACUAGCAACAAUUUUAAUUUUCACUUUGCCUGUCCUUUUUCAGGCUCGGACCUCAUGUUUGGUUUUACUCAUAUUUGUAGCACAGGAUUUUUCAUAGGCUCUCAGAAAACCAAAAGGUUUUCUCUGCAGUUAAUGCAUUCGCUGAAACUUUUCUAGCACUUUGUUUUUCUUCCUCACUUGCUCUCCAUGUUUUAUGUUCCUAGACUUCUUGAAUUAUUAAAAUACUGUGUUGCAUGCUAUAUACAUACAUAAUAGUUGGUAUUUCUGCAUUUCCUUUCUAUACUGCCAGACUUGGUGAUUAGCCACCUUUGAUUUUUGUUAUAUAUAUAUAAUAGUUGUCUUAAGUUAUGCUAGUAUUUUAUAGCUUUAUUUUUCUUUGUUUAUAUAUCUUGAUUUAAAAAUUAAUUUCUGUCAUAAGUGAUACAAGUAUCUAGUGAACCUGGAAAUAAGAAUAGUAUUGUAAGAUAUUGAGUUGGUGUACAUGUGCCUAAAUUUGUGAAAAUCGAGGUAAUUUGGGCAUUAGAAGGUAUCAAAUAGAAGUAUAUAAAUUUUUCUUUUAAUUCUGCAUGAAAGCCUAGAAAUUGACGUUGAGUUUUCAAUGGCUUACAAUCUAGUCACACUCUUUUGAAUAAUCUUUUGAAUAAACAAUGUAUAUUUAUCAUCAUA